CUAUUUGAUGUGCUUACAAGGAAGAAUUAAAAUACGGCAGUGUUAUUUGAUAGCAGUUGACCUACAUAGGAGUUUUAUGAACUAACCAAAAAUCAGUCGAUUUACUACGGGGACAUUGUCUGAGGUGGCCACAUGAUAAACAACGGUAGACUUGAUGGUACCUAGGGACAAAAUGGCGAUCCUAGGAAUAAACUGUCUGAUCUUCCUCAUUUCUACAGGAAGUUUCGUUAAAUGUAUGAUAUACGAGUCAGAGGCUGGAACAUGGGAAACUACCCGAAAUACCUGCCAACUCCUGAACUCCAGUAUCCUAUGUGCCGGUGAUCCGGAUACAUGUAACCUGAAGAAUGACGUCACUAUAUCGACAGGACAGUUCUGGAUCGGGGCCUACGUUCAUGCCACGACAAUCACUUUUUAUACAGGCUGCAAGCCUGUUUCUAAUCAAGCCAGCCCAGUUUUAAACUCAUCGAAUAUGACUUUGAAAGCCUGCAUAGAGAAAUGCCACACAAAGUACCAAAUCGAUUCCAAUAUGGAUACCCUUGGACUUCACAUGGAUUCGUGCUAUUGUACAACACGUGUCGGCCAAACAAGCCAUGAAUCUGAAUGCAACAUCUCUUGUACUGAGGACAGCAGUGUAGCAUGUGGCGGCAGUCAGUUCAUGUCUACAUACGAAUUCCACAAUGUUGGACGCACACAGAAAGGCGGUCUUCUUUCGUUUUCACCACUGUGUGGCAUAUCGAGCAACAAGUUCAAGGACUGCCAGGAGCAGCGCGUGGCUGCUUGUCUAAAUGAUCAGAAUUCUCCAACGGCCAUGACAUGGUCAGCAGCUAAACAAUGGUGUCAAAGCAAUGAUACACUGCUCCACUCAACUCCGAAUUCUUCAACAUUUAAAAUGGAACCCUGGAUUAAUCUCGUUAAGCGCCGAUUUGUCAAGUGGACAGAUGAGGCCGUCCCUGAGGCGACCACUCACUGUGUGUCACUGUUGUGUAAGGAGGAAUCUUGUUCAUUUUCUUCUGAAAAAUGCACAAAGCAGCUUUCCAGUUUGUGUUCGAAAACGGCAGAUGAUGAUAAUCCGAGCCAAGUUUCGCAAAGAACGUUCUCUCCUCCAACAAGUACUCAUUUGGUGUCAGCGGAACCACCACUGCCCACACCUACCGACAAAGCGAACUCAUCCAUUCCAAUAGUCGGUGUAUCACAUUCCGAGGGUAGCAGUGACGAUGGAAUGCUUGUUUACAUCCUGGUCGCUGUUGCUGUGGUGGUUGUACUUGUUAUCACGAUCAUACUCGCCUUCAUAUUCUUUCGCAAAAGGAAAAUGAACCAAGACAAACCACGUUCAAAAUCAAACUCCAGCAAUAUCGAGGAACCAGCCAGACCCCUGAUGGAACAGCCGGUUCACGAACACCGAGGAAGCGAUGACUACGAUCAGGUCAAGAGUGAUUACAGCAAAGUUCGCGAAGACUUUGUCAUCGACAGAAAUAACAAACAUAGCGGCGACUACGACAGGAUCAAAAGUGAAUAUGACCCUGCUUAUACCCGUGUCACCAGCUUUGCGCUACAAAAUGAACCGGAAGUUGAUGACGACUUGCCUGAAAUAGAACGGGAUAGUGAUAAUUAUGACCUGCUCAGGACCAACAAACGACCUGAAAGGAAAAUUGACAGUACAUAUGAUCACAUACCUGCAGAAACAGAAGAUGACACUUAUAACGUUUUACAGUCGCAAGACGAUUUACACAAGGACGACAUUGGUGACUUCAUGUAUGACGUCACUUCCGCUAUCAAUGGAUUAGGCAAUUAUGAUACUUUUCAGAGUAAUAGAAGUGACGAUUUCAGUGGGGAAUAUGACACGGUGGAAUCAGUGUUACACUCCAAUUCAUAAAAUUGUUUUUCAUAUGUAGUUCUUUCUGUGAGAUUAUUGAACAUUUAUAGAAAAUUACAUCAGAAAAAUUAUAGAAAACCAAGCUAAUAUUGCCAUAUGACAUUGUUGUACCCUUUCUCUGAUUUAUAUUUCUUGCCAAACCUUAACCCUAACCAACAAAUGUCCUUUUUAUAUAGAUUUAUUAGAUAAAUAUAUAUAUGUAUUAAUCCGGCAAGUUUAUUUCACAAGCACAAGAUUCGUCAAUAUUUUGAAUUAUAAAAAUCGCCAAAGAAUUUAUGGUGAGAUGAUGUGGAUUAAGAAACAUAUUCAUACGCACGGGAAAUGCUAAUGUGUGUCCAUUUCAUUACCAAAUGAAGCACGCUUGAUUAGCAAUUUCAGCGGCUUCAACUUUGAGGAAAGAUGGAUAUGCAUACAUACGUAGCUUAUUGAUUAAAUACUCAUUUUCAUUUUUUUCACUAUGUAAAUCAUUCUGACAUUUUCCAGUUUACAAGUUCAUGAAAUUAUAUGCCGUAACCAUGA